CCUCGCUGCCUCACACUGCCAGACCCACUGGAGUACAGGUGAGCAGCAUGACCAGAGAGCUCUGAAUCCAGGAAUUUUAUCUGUCGCUGUGAAACCGUGACUGCUGCAGACUAAAGUCACCUGCUGCCUAGCUUAUUUAUCUGAACGGGGGCAGUAAAUGAACCUGGAUGUUGCCUAAAUUAAGCACAGAGAUCAACUAGGAAUGCUAGUUUCAAUAAGCCUAAAGCAGUUUGGAUUUAUUUUCUGUACGAGUCAAAACCAAAGCUUUUAACCAAAGAGGACAUUGCCAAUGCAGUUUGGUAUUCACCAAAACAAGAAAAACAGAAAUACACUUUCCUGCCCCAUAAACUGUGUUGGCCUUUAAAGGAUGAGAAACAAACACAAAGCAGCUCUUGCUAAAUACUUUGGGAGACGGAAAACAAAACAGCCUCUGGAAUGACCUUUCCAAAGUGAAAUGUUUUUUUUCUCGCAUGCACCUUAAACAGGAGGAAGUUCCAUAUACAUAGUUUCCCCUCACGUCACCGUAGACUUAUGAUCUUCAAGAUAAAGAGCAGAUCCCUUUCUUGGAAGGGAAAGUAAUCUGUGGGCUGCAGACUGAGACACAAACAAAAAAGCAUGUUCUGCCGACCAAAAUAGAGGAGGAAAGGAAAGAGAAAAAUCUGGGAAGGGGGAAAAAACUGGGGAGUUUCAUUGCCCUCUGCUCCAGAAUUUUCGUUGCUGUUUUUCCAACGGGAAUUCUUCCAAAGGACGUUGGAGCUGACCCUCUGGGAGGUCCAAUUAGACUGAGAUAAACACUUCAUGAAGGAACAAAGUAAGAGUAAACUCUUUACGCCAAAUUUCAACUGACUGCUUGGGGAAGGAACACGGCUGUUGUAGGAGUCAUGCCUGGAAGAAGAAACCUGGAGUGCUGAAGUGCCUCUUGACAUUCUCAGUUUUUAGGUGAUUAAACACUGUUUGUGAAGAAAGGAUACAGGCGUAGGGAUCUGAUUCUGGAUAGUGAUGGAGAAAGGCCAUACAUCUAUCAGGAGAGGGGUGAGCUGGAGUCCAGGAGGAUUGAGAAAACCUAUCGAGUCAAAGCAAGAAAUGCAGCCCACUGAGACCGACUACAACGCAUCCUGGGAGAAGACGGGAUUUAGCAAGCAGCAUAUAAGCCGCAAAACAAAUCUGAGCAGGAGCGCCAGUUUAUCGGAGAAAGAGCUGAAGGAGGCACGGCUGAAGAGUCACAUCAUUGCUGCUCAGCUCACCAUCCCCUCCAACUCCGGCUCCAGCUCCAGGGGUGUGCAGCUCUUUAAUCGGCGCAAGCAGAGAGUGAACGCCUUCACACUCGAAAGCUGCGGACAAGGGUCAGAGGUGGACAAAACUGAGAAUGUGAAAAGUGAUUCCUUGUCCAACAAGCAAACCUGGGCAGAGAGAAGCUGUGAGGAUAAGGACACAGACCUGAACUUAAAUAAUAAUAAGUUACACUUUUUGCCACCUGCAAGCAACCCUUCAACUGGUGGCAUAAUGGAUGAAGAAAAUAAGAAUUUUAUCAAAGAUGAAGACACGGAGAACUAUGAUAUCCAGGAAAGACAUUUCCUCCCAGUCAAAGAAGAGCCGGAAGAAGAGGACGACAUAAAGGAUAAAAUUCAUGAGGUUCUAGAGGACGAUGCUAGACACCAAACUCCUCUGGGAAGUAAUGACUCUCAUCCAGCUGUGAUGGCACAUGUUGAAAGGAAGACAGAAACAAAUGAGGGCCACCCAGCAGUUGUUCCCUCUGAAAAGCUCCUUAAUGGCUGUCACAGCACCUCUGGUUCAGAGAGGAUUUCCUUAGUCUCACCCUCCAAGCAGACGCCAGCCUUCCUCAACAGAACGGCUCGACCUUUCUUCUCACCACCAACUGUCCUCUCUCCAGAUUCAGUCAGUCCUGCUACAGACAUCCCACCUCCCCCGUCUUAUGCCACUCCUCCUCUCCCUUCUUCCACUCAACCUGUCACAUUCUCUCCUCCACCUCCACCACCAUCAUACCCAACACCUCCUCUGCCGGCCUUCACAAACCAACCUCCACAGACGUUCUACUCUGGUCCACUUCCAAUGUCUCCUCCCAUGUCAUCUCCAUGCCUUUCGCCAUCCAACUUUCCUGUUUCCCAGCACCCACCUGCACCCCACUGUGGCCCUCUGACAGCUCCAAAGCCUUCCAUCUUUGUUCCACAGUCCACUGGAGAAAGGAAGCUGAUAACACCAAUCAAAACAGGAAUACUAGAAGAAGGCGCAGCCAGGAGGGCAAACAAGAAGUCAAUGUUUACAUUUAAAGAGAAGCCAGUGGUUGCUCCAAACCCUGAGCUGCUCUCUCUGGUGCAAGGAGCGGAUGAAAGAAAGAAACAUGGACAUAGAUCUGUCCCUGAACCAGCACCUGAAGAGGAGUUACUGGCUUUGGGAGCAGAAGCUUCCAACUUCCUUGCGAAAGCAGAGGAAAAGACAACGGGAGCAAGAGCCCCAGAGUGGGCAUCCUGUCUCAAAAGCUCAAAGACCAGACCAAGGCUAGACCAUCGUCCAGAGCAGAGCCUCACAAAUGUGUCAGGCAAGGGGGCUGAAUUGUUUGCCAAGCGUCAAUCAAGGAUGGAGAAAUAUGUUGUUGAGAAUCAGAAUCCAGGACAAAUUAGGUCUCCCUCCCCCACAAUGUCGUUACCACCAUCCUGGGUUUACCCAUCGAACAUGCCAGGAAGGGUCAAAGCCAUUGCCAAGAACUCCGAAGUGAGCGCACAGAUUUCGCAAAAUCUAAAGGCCCAGCAAGCCGUCAAGCAAAAACCAAAACCAAAAGUUGCAGUACCAGAGCCAGUUCCAGAACCACCAACCACUUUAGAAAAUGGUUGCUCCAAGAUAGAGAUGGACCUUGCAAGACACCGUCCCUAUCAGCUCAACUCUUCCCUCUUUGUCUUCAACCCAGUCAAGGACCCAAUAAGCACAUUACCCAGAGGAGCACCACAAGCCAAGAACCUACUCAGCAGCCAAAGUUUUUCUAGACACACUUCUCUACCUAACACUUCACCAUCUUAUUAUGGUAGUAUGUCACCUCAGUUGCCUCUCACCUCCCCAAGAGGAUCAGAAUACCCAGCAAAUCCAGCUUCCCCACAUGCGAGGAUCACUUCUUUGAUGUCUCCUUUUUCUCCAGAACGAGUUUCCUCCCCUCGGUCUGGAGUUCAGGCACCAAAGCCAACGUUUUCUGCCAAGAAGGCAGGAAUUACACCACAGGAAUCAGAGGAGUCAUCCCCUGUUGAAAUUACUGGUGAAACAUCCAGGGCAACCAGUACACCUAGCCUAACCAGACGUUUCAGCAGCCCAGCAAACCAAGCAACUAGAAAAUGGAUCUCCAGCUCUCAAACAAGCCAGUCACCAACCACCACCAGUGGAUCUAUCUGUUCUGUCAAGUCUCCUGUCAAUUUGUCCAGUAAUGCAAGAUCCCAAUCUUUUAUGUCGAGUCAGAAUAGCCAAUUUUCCUCUGUUAAUUCCACUUCUGCAUCCAGGCCCUCCCAAGCAGCUACAGUCACUUCUCCAUGCUCUCCACCUUGGGGUUCCAGAUGUCAGUCCCCAGCUGUCAGUCAGUCCUCCACUACUACCUCCAUUCCUUUUUCCAAACCCUCUGAAAACGCUAAAACCCAUUAUCCUAUUUCUCCUCCUUGGGGUUCAAGAUGUCAGUCCCCAUCUGUGAGCAAUAAUAACAAGACCUCCUCUGCUUCGGCUUUCUCCAUGUCCAGACCCUCCAUCACAUCUGUCGCCACAUCUACAAUCUCCCCUCCCUGGGGAUCAAGGUGCCAAUCCCCAGCAGUGAGUCAGAAUACCCAAUCUUCCACCUUUUCCCCUGGUCCUACAUGCAGACCUUCUCAAACUCCUCCUUGGGGAUCAAGAUGCCAGUCACCUUCCGUAAGCCAGAAUAAUCAAUCCUCCGCUGUCUCUGUUUCCCCAUCCAGACCUCUGCAAAUAUUUACAGCCACAUCUCCUGUUUGCCCUCCAUGGAGCCCCCGCUCCCAAUCACCUGCACUGUUUCAAAGCAGCUCAUCCUUUCAAUCCACUAAUCCCCUGCACACAACAGCCACUGCCUCCUCUCCACGACAACAAAAAGACAAUCGCUGCACGUCCCAGAUUGUUAACAACCUAGACUCAAAAGCAAAUCACCGUCUCCUUGCAAAGAAUAUUAUAAAUGCAGCCAAACGUAAAAACAGCCCCUCCCCUGGAGCACUGAGCAGUCACGGCCUCCCCAUUUCACCUGUGGGAAACUUUCAAAACGACUGGCAAAAACCACCAAUUAGCCCCUUCCAGCAGAGGUCCUUGGGUGCACAGUCUCCCACCUUCACCAGCCCUCCUGUCACCCCAACUCAGAGAAUCUGCUCACCUGUAAGGCUCUACAACACCCGUUCUCUGACCGACUCAGAUGCCUCUGUUGAGUCCGAGGACUCUGGGCUCAGGUCGCCUGGCCUACACUCCUACAACACCUGCCCCCGUGGCUGGGGCGGCAGCCUGCGGGUCAAAAGAAGUACUGUCUCCACUGACCUGUGAGAUUGUUAAACUACUGGAUGUUCAAUUAAAACAGAAUUUCAGCAUUCAUAGGCCCUUGUUUGGCCUUGGAAGAUAAUUUGAGUUUUGGACUGAGUUGCUUAAAUUUCAGUGAAGCUAAUUGUUGGACCUAAAUCAUAGUAAAUGUUAUAUUAAAAUAGUUUUAGGUUUCUACGGGGCUCACAUUCCUUGUAUGCACUGACAAGAACAAGUUUUUUAUGAAACACAGUUGCUGUGGCUUGUACGCUUCUGACAUACCAAAAACUGCUCAAAAAAUAAUCAAAGGUUAUAGCCUCUAUUAUACUUUUAAAACAAACACACCUUCACAGUCAUUACAACAUUAAUUAUACCAACUGGUCUGAUAAAAGUCAUAACAAGAGACUUCAGGCAUAAAACAGGCACAUCAAAUUAGUAAUAACAUUUAGCUUAAUGGGCAUUUUGCUGCUUUAGUUAAAGCAUUAUUGAUGUUUUGUAAUAGUACACUGCAUGCAAUGAUCACAUUUUACAGUUGCAUUUGAUUUCUUCUGCACUGGGUGUUAUCUUCAGGUCCCUUCAUCAUUUUCAUUUUUUUUUACCAUGUUUCAAUCACAAACCCUAAUGUGUUUUAGUGUAAUUUUAUAACUUUAAAUGAUUCAUGGUGGUUUUCAAAUUGAAACAAAAACUAAAAAAAAAACUAAAAAACAUGCAUUUAUAUUUAAGACCCCAUGUGAUUUUCUAGAAUCACAUUUUACUGCAACUAUAUUUGCAUGACUUUUGGAGAAUGUUGUUUCUGUCUGGAGUCGAUAAACGUUGCUUCUUCUUUGCAUAAAGGCUCAAGCUCAGUUAAGUUGGAUUUAGGAUUUCUGUGGAUUUCUGUGGGCAGCAAAUUUUCAGUCACAUUUUCUCAGUUGGCUAUGGAUCUGGACUUUGACUGGACUAUGAACAUCUUUAGGUCUAAAGUUUAGAGCUACAAUAGCUCUAAACUUUGUAGCUAUUGUACCAGAGUCACAACCUUGUAACUCUGGUUGUGUUUAUUGAUGUCCUGCUGGCAGGUGAAUUUCCCUAUUCUGAAGUCUUUUGUUGCCUUUAAAUGGUUUUCUUCUCAUAUGGCCCAUAUUAAGCUUUAUGCAACUUUGUAGGAACUCAGACAAGAUAUCAUUUUUGCUUAGGAAAAUCAUCCCCACAGGAUAAUGUUGCCAGCACUACGUUUCACCAUGGUGAGUAUUUGCUUAGGUUAAUGUGCAGGAUUAAUCUUCUGGAACACAUAGGACCUUCCAUGAAGGCAUAACAAUUUAAUUGUCUUUACACGUUAAUGUUUGUGGUUGUAGUGUGACAAAAGGUGAGAUCUACAAAGGCCAAUGACUUGUUUAACAAGUUACUUUGAGUUUCUAAAACUUUCUUUCAUGAUGUCCACAUUGUCAUUCUUGGUUAAUUGACUAAACUACAUUCUAACUUUACAUGAAAUCCAAUGGACAAUUUAUACAGCACGAUAACCAGCUGACAUGUAUAUAAGUUCUAUUAAAUACUGAAAUAAGUGAAUGUAUGCUUCAUAGAAAGAAGUACAGAAGAGUGGAGUGUAUUGAAAAGAAAAGACGUGGAAGUAAAGUCUAAUCGAGUAUGGUGAAAUGCUUUAAAAACUUUCUCAGAAUAUUUUCUUCAUGUUUCCUUUGCUAUCACCAAUACUUAUUGCUCUUUAGUCCAUAUUAGUAGGAUCUUUGAUGUGGAACAGAUUAAAAUAUUUGAGUCUGUUUGAAAAAGGUUUAGAGGUUAAAGUGUAUGUCAGACAAGUGGAGAAGGAGAAACAUGAUUAAAAUCUAUGGUGAAAAGGACAGAAGCAUGUUUGAAACUGAGUUAUGGUGAAAGCGAGAUCGGAAGAAUGAAUUAUAUUUCAGCUGUAUAUGAUAGUCUCAUGUACAUUUUUAGUAACUUGUAAAGUUUCUUUUUAUACUUGAAUGCACUUGUGAUCAUUUCAUUGUACAGGCAAAAUUGUCAUUAAAAGCUUGAGUUGCUAAAACAAAAGGCAAAUAAAUGUCUUACUAUAAAACUUCAACCAGUCCUGGACAAUGCUGCAUGUUAGGAUGAAGCUGGCAAUUAGUUGCGAAUGUAAGUGCUCCUAGAGUUAUGCUUCUGCUUCAGGAAGUGUAACCCUUUCCACCUUGCCUGGUCCUGCAACAGAACAACAGAUUACUUUUUCGUUCGCUGACUCACAGGCUGAAAGGAUCAGCACAUUGCUAAAUAUUUACUCUGUGUAUCUUUUGAGUGACAGGAACUUCUGCUCCUUGGUGUCCUUGCUCCUUCAGCAGGAUUGAGCCUAUCACUGUCAUGGAUAGAUUUCAGCCGAGGUCACCUCUGGGCAGCCUGCACACAUCCUCGAACAGAUACCAAGAAAACACAUCAUGACCUGUUUAAGUUUGCUUAUAGGUUUUAUGGAUACCUGACUGUGUCACUGCAUUUCCUGAAUUCAACUCGUUUUUAUAUCAUAACACAAUUAAUAAACUGAUGCACAAUAAAACAUCUGUUGAAAAUG